UGCGCUAUUUGCGCGAUAAAUAAACAGCGGCACGCACACACAGGCGCACGCAUCGGGUUCGGGCUGGCCCGUUUGGUGCCUGCGGCCCGUCAGCCAGCGUCACAGUACCGCGUUGACUGUUUGCGUCGAAGAAGCGUACGGUUGCCGCUAAAUUCGCUGCGCAGCGUCGGCCGGUUUGGAGCGCCAAUCGAACAGCAUCGAGCUCGGCCGGUGACGGUGUGCGUGAGCUCGGGUCGGAUCGAUUGUUUACAUCGAUUUAGGGUGUGCGCGGGAGGGAUUCCAUUGCCCGCAAAUUCCCCCCACCGGGCAGCUGUGUUUGCACGCGCGCCUCUCUGUCUGUGUGCGUGUGUGUGUUUGUGGAGGGUCGUUUGGUGGUACGCGGACGACCUUGCGUGGAGCAGCAGCAGCAGCAGUAGCAGCAUCAGCCAAACCGAACUGUCAAGCCUGUCAGGGUUAAGUUCCGCAGGUGACAGUUCGGCAGGAACGGCCACAGCUAUCAGGAGCGAUGAUCGGCGCAGAUGAUCGGCAGUGGCGGGUCACGCUGGCCCUGCUGGCGGUGCUGGGCGGGCACGUACUGCUGCUGGCCGCCGACCAGAUCCUGCUCGAGGACGACCCGAUGCUGUACGAGGGUGACGCGUGCGAGCUGCGGAACGGCACGGCCGGUCUCUGCCGGCCGGCGAACCAGUGCGAGUGGGCGCAGGAGCGCCCGUGGCCACUGCACGAGCUGGUCACCUGCUCGUUCAACCAGUCGCUCCCGAUCGUCUGCUGCCCGGUGCGGCUCGAGCCCCGGCUCCAGGGCGGCACGGUGGCGAAGCGCAUCAGCGUCCGCCAGUGCGAGCAGUUCCCGAACGGGACCGGGCUGGCCGACCACAUCUUCAACGGGGUGGCGGCCCAGUUCGGCGAGUUCCCGUACAUGGCGGCGCUCGGGUACGGCGCGCCGAACGGGACCGAGGCCAGCCUGCCCUCCCUGUUCCGCUGCGGGGCCUCGCUCAUCUCGUCCCGCUUUCUGCUGACGGCUGCGCACUGCUUGCGCGAGCGGCCCGUCUUUGCCCGGCUCGGCGUGCUCGAGCUGCAGCCGGCCCGGACCGUCGACGAGCCGCUGGACAUUGCGAUCCGGCAGGCGACCCCGCACCCGGACUACCAUGCCGUCACGUACCAGAACGAUAUCGCGCUGCUCGAGCUGGCGGAACCGGUCACCGGCGACUGGCCGUUCGUCGAGCCGGUCUGCCUGUACACGAACGCGACCGGCGGCGGCGGGCUGGAGGCGCUGGCCGGCCAGCCGCUCUCGGUGCAGGGCUGGGGCACGCAGCAGCCGGGCGACACCGAGCCGGCCGCCCGCCUGAUGAAGGCGAACGUCAGCCUGGUGGAGCGGGACGCUUGCGCCGCCAGCAUACCGCGGACGCGCCGCAACCCGACCGGCCUGCAUCCCGGCCAGCUGUGUGCGCUCGGGCGCAACGAGCAGAACGAAACGGUGGCCGACACCUGUCCGGGCGAUUCGGGCGGCCCGCUGGCGCUGAACGUGGACGGGCGCCACUAUCUGGUCGGCAUCACGUCCAGCGGCUACUCGUGCGGAUCGCCCAUCCCGGGCAUCUACACCGAGGUGGCGCGCUACCUCGACUGGGUCGAAUCGAUCGUGUGGCCGGACGUGUGACCGUCGUCGCACGUCGCACAUCGCAAAACAAAAUGCCCAAACUAAAGGCAAGAUUUAUCUAGGGUGUAAUGUACUCGUUUGUAAUAAAACAAAAUUACUCAUAAUUGAUACGGAA